GAAUGCAAGGAUACUAAUAAUUACGAGAGAAGUGUUUUAUUGACAUUAAAAAUUUUCAUUUUUUAUAUUUGGAAAUUUAAUUAUGAAGAAUAAAAAGUUAUACAUAUAUAAGACCCAUAUGGUCAUUUAGAUUCAUGCAUUUUCAGACAACUCACUCACAGUUGGUAUUUGGUUAGUGGAAGAAGAGCUUCAAAGUUGCGAAUGCAAUCUGCAAUGGCGUCUCCCUCUGCAGGAGUGGUUGGGUUCGUUGGGUUGGACGACUUGAGCUUGGAUUUGGCAGCUUCCCUCCUCCGCUCUGGCUAUGCCGUGCAAGCCUUUGAGAUAUCUGGGCAUUUGAUGGAUGAUUUCUUGAAGUUAGGAGGAGUUAGAUGUGCCAGUCCUACAGAGGCGGGUAAAGAUGUUGCAGCGUUGAUCAUUUUGAUUACUCGUGUAGAACAAAUAAAUGAGAUCAUUUUUGCGCCAGAGGGUCAUUUGAAAGGGUUUUGCAAAGGUGCUGUCGUAAUGCUUCGUUCAGCCAUAUUACCAGCGUAUCUUCAGAAGCUGGAGAAGCAUCUCACAGAGGAUGGUCAGACAGCUUUUCUAGUUGAUAUCUAUGUCUCUAGGGGAUUGUCUGAGAUUUUAAAUGGAAAAAUCAUGAUUGCUUCCUCAGGGAGGUCGGAUGCCAUUGCAAGGGCUAGGCCUUUCCUUUAUGCUAUGUGUGAAAAGCUUUACAUUUUUGAAGGAGAAGUUGGAGCUGGAAGUAAAAUUAAAAUGGUCAAUGAGCUCCUUGAGGGCAUUCAUCUUGUUGCUUCUGCUGAGGCUGUCUGUCUUGGAGCUCAAGCUGGGAUACAUCCAUGGAUACUUUAUGACAUCAUUUCCAAUGCGGCUGGAAGUUCAUGGGUUUUCAAGAACCAUGUUCCCCAAAUUUUGAGGGGUAAUCAUACCAAACAUCAAUUCCUGAGUAAUUUUGUUCAAAAUUUGGGGGUGGUUUUGGAUAUGGCCAAGUCGUUAGCAUUUCCUCAUCCACUAUUGGCAGUUGCUUAUCAACAACUUAUAUCUGGGUUUCCACAUGGUCAGGGCGAUGCUGGGGAUGCUACAUUGGUUAAGGUUUGGGAAAAAGUGUACGGAGUGCCAAUUACAGAUGCAGUCAAUGCAGAAACCUACAGUCCUGAGCAGUUGAAAGAUCAAAUUAUAGCUGAAUCAAAAACUGUUAACAGAAUUGGUUUCAUUGGUCUUGGAGCAAUGGGAUUUGGCAUGGCAACUCACCUGCUGAGAUCCAAUUUCUGCGUUCUUGGUUACGAUGUCUAUAAGCCGACACUAUCUCGAUUCACUGAUGCUGGUGGCCUGGUUGGGAAAUCUCCAUCACAUGUAUCUAGAGAUGUGGAUGUUCUUGUAGUGAUGGUCACAAAUGAGGCUCAAGCGGAAAGUGUUUUGUAUGGAGAUCAGGGCGCUGUGCCAGCCCUUCCAUCUGGAGCAUCUAUUAUCCUUUCAUCAACUGUUUCUCCAAGAUUCGUUAGCCAACUAGAACAGCGCUUACAGAGUGAACACAAGGAUUUGAAAUUGGUAGAUGCCCCUGUUUCUGGUGGUGUUAAGAGAGCUUCCAUGGGUACUCUUACGAUAAUGGCUUCAGGUACAGCGGAAGCUCUUAAGAAUACUGGCACAGUUCUCUCAGCAUUAAGUGAAAAGCUCUAUAUUAUCAAGGGAGCUUGUGGAGCUGGAAGUUCUAUGAAGAUGGUUAAUCAAUUGCUCGCUGGAGUUCAUAUAGCAUCAGCAGCGGAGGCAAUGGCUUUUGGAGCUCGAUUGGGUCUUAAUACAAAAAUAUUAUUUGAUGUCAUCUCAAACGUUGGGGGAACAUCUUGGAUGUUUGAAAAUCGUGUUCCACACAUGUUGGACAAUGAUUAUACACCAUACUCAGCACUUGAUAUCUUUGUGAAGGAUAUGGGUAUUGUUUCUAAUGAAUGCUCAUCCCGUAAAGUUCCUCUUCAUAUUGCAACUGUGGCACACCAAUUGUUCCUUUCAGGCUCAGCUGCUGGCUGGGGUCGACAUGAUGAUGCUGCUGUAGUAAAGGUUUAUGAGACACUCACAGGUGUUAAAGUUGAAGUGAAGCUUCCCAUUUGCAACAAGCAAUCUAUCUUGCAAUCUCUCCCAUCUGAGUGGCCACUGGAUCCCAUUCAAGAUAUACAAAGAAUGGAUCAGAGAAGUUCAAAAAUUUUGAUUGUUCUAGAUGAUGAUCCAACUGGAACUCAAACUGUUCAUGAUAUUGAAGUAUUGACAGAAUGGAGCUUUGAGUCGCUUGCUGAACAGUUCAGAAAGAAGCCUAAAUGUUUUUUCAUUUUGACCAACUCCAGAUCUCUGAGUUCUGAGAAGGCCACUGCAUUGGUAAAAGAUAUCUGCAGAAACAUAUGUGCUGCAGCUAAGUCAGUAGAGAAUAUUGACUAUACCGUAGUCUUGAGGGGAGAUUCAACAUUGCGUGGUCAUUUUCCAGAGGAACCAGAUGCGGCUGUUUCUGUACUGGGUGAGAUGGAUGCAUGGAUCCUUUGCCCCUUUUUUCUUCAAGGAGGUCGUUAUACUAUUGAUGAUGUACACUAUGUUGCUGAUUCUGACUGCCUUGUCCCUGCAGGAGAAACUGAGUUUGCUAAAGAUGCUGCUUUCGGCUAUAAAUCUUCAAACCUCCGUGAGUGGGUGGAGGAGAAAACAGCAGGCCGUGUUCCUGCCAGCAGCGUCGCAUCUAUUUCUAUCCAACUUUUAAGGAAAGGUGGACCAGAUGCUGUUUAUGAGUAUCUUUGCAGUUUGCCAAAGGGGUCAACAUGCAUAGUUAAUGCAGCAAGUGAGAGAGACAUGGCUGUGUUUGCAGCUGGAAUGAUCCAGGCUGAGUUGAAGGGAAAACGUUUCUUAUGCCGAACUGCUGCUAGUUUUGUUUCUGCUCGUAUUGGAAUUGUCCAAAAAGAUCCAAUUUUACCAAAAGAUUUAGGAAUAAACAAAGAAAAGAAUGGUGGACUUAUAGUGGUGGGGUCAUAUGUUCCAAAAACAACAAAACAGGUUGAAGAGCUUAAAAAGCAAUGUGGCAAUAAUUUAAGAACCAUUGAGAUUUCUGUUGAUAAAGUCACCAUGAAGUCAUCCCAAGAGAGGGAGGAGGAAAUCAAUCGAACAACUGAAAUGGCAGAUGUUUUUCUGAAGUCUCAAAAAGACACUCUAAUAAUGACCAGUCGAGAGCUUAUUGUGGGAAAAUCUCCUUCUGAGAGUUUGGAGAUCAAUUUCAAGGUGAGCUCUGCAUUGGUGGAAAUAGUUAAGCAGAUUAGAGCAAGACCUCGUUAUAUUCUUGCAAAGGGUGGAAUCACCUCAUCUGACCUUGCUACAAAAGCUCUAGAAGCAAAACAGGCCAAAAUAGUUGGACAAGCCCUAGCUGGUGUUCCCUUGUGGCAGCUUGGUCCUGAAAGUAGACAUCCAGGCGUUCCAUAUAUUGUUUUCCCAGGUAAUGUUGGUGACAGCAAUGCACUGGCAAGAGUCGUGAAAUGUUGGGCCCGUCCUGCCAGAUUUUCAUCAACGAAAGAGCUCCUUCUUAAUGCAGAAAAAGGUGGUUAUGCUAUUGGAGCAUUCAAUGUUUAUAAUUUGGAAGGAGUUGAGGCAGUCAUUGCUGCUGCCGAGGAAGAAAAAAGUCCUGCUAUUUUACAGAUCCACCCUAGUGCUUUGAAGCAAGGAGGAAUUCCCUUAGUUGCAUGCUGUGUGUCUGCUGCUGAACAAGCCAGUGUUCCCAUCACUGUUCACUUUGACCAUGGAAGUUCCAAACAGGAGCUAUUAGAAGUUCUCGAGUUGGGUUUUGAUUCGGUCAUGGUAGAUGGUUCACAUCUUCCUUUCAGAGACAAUAUCUCAUAUACAAAGUACAUAUCGUUACUGGCGCACUCAAAAGGUAUGCUGGUGGAAGCUGAAUUGGGGAGAUUGUCAGGAACGGAAGAUGACUUGACUGUAGAAGAUUACGAAGCAAGAUUGACUGAUGUUGAUCAGGCACAAGAAUUUAUUGAUGAGACUGGCAUAGAUGCUUUGGCAGUGUGUAUUGGAAAUGUCCAUGGAAAAUACCCAGCAAGUGGCCCCAAUCUCAGACUUGAUUUACUUGAGGAUCUCCAUGUCUUGAGUUUGAAGAAAGGAGUUUUUCUGGUUCUUCAUGGAGCUUCAGGAUUGCCCAUUGAAAUUGUUAAGGCUUGUAUAGCACGGGGAGUAAGGAAGUUCAAUGUAAAUACAGAAGUGCGGAAGGCCUACAUGGAUACUUUGAGCAGUCCCAAGAAGGAUCUAGUACAUGUCAUGGAGUCUGCAAAGGAAGCCAUGAAAACUGUGGUUGCAGAAAAGAUGCAUCUUUUUGGUUCAGCAGGAAAUGCAUGCUAAAUAUUUUCUCAAUCGCUUGUCAAAAUGGAAGACUGCAAACUUUUAGAAUGAGACCUCAGGUCAAUCAAAAUAUUAUGAUGCACUGUGUUUUCUUCCCCCAUGUUGUUAUUCUUUUUAACAUGAUUGACACUCUCAUUUUUAAGCUAGUGAGUUAACCCACUAUUUUUGGCUUUGAUGGUUGUAUUGUCUUGGGCAUCAUCAUCAUAUGGUCACAAUUUACCUUCAUUGCCACUAUUUAUUUUUGAAUAAUCAUCCUAACAUGUGACUUUGUUUAACAUGUAAAGGUUUGGAAGCUUUUAAAAGCUUUAGAAGGCAA